GCAGGAAGUGCAGCUCAGUGGAGGACAGACAGUGGAAGCAUCAUCAUCAUCAUCUGCAGCAGCAGCAGCAACAACAGCACAAGAAGUAGUAGUACUAGUAGUAGUAGUAGUAGUACUAGUAGUACUAGAAGUAGUAGCAUCCGUUACCAUCAUGGACGCCCUGAAGAAAGGUUUCUCCAUGGCCAAGGGUGGCGUGGUGGCGGCGGCAGAGAAGACCAAAGCUGGCGUGGAGGAGGCGGCCGUCAAGACCAAGGAGGGUGUCAUGUUUGUCGGAAACAAGACCAUGGAGGGCGUGGUGACUGGCGUGAACACCGUGGCCCAGAAGACGGGCGAACAAGCCAACGUGGUCGCGGACACGGCAGUUUCAGGGGCCAACGAGGUCGCUCAGGCCACCGUAGAUUCUGUGGAGAACGCCGCCUUGGCCAGUGGAUUUGUCACCGUGACUCAUGUUCCAAAAGCAGAAGCUGGAGAAAAAGAGAGUGAACAAGCUGCUCAGUAGGUGUGGUGUCUCCAUGGCAGAGAAGACACCACCUUUCAAUCUGAGCAUCACACCAUUCUUCUCCAUACUAAUUAUUCUUCUCAGCUCUCAGCUCAUUGGUCACUCUGCCGUGACGUCACUGGCCCCGCCCCCAUCACAAAGACAUCCGAGGACUUUUGCAUGCAUGUGGCCUUGCUGACACACACACACACACACACACACACACACACACACACACACACACACACACACACACACACACACACACACACACACACACACACACACACACACACACACACACACACACACACACGCACAAACACACAUGAUGUCAUUAUUUGAGCUCUUGUACCAAUUUCUUUUGUAAAACAAUAAAAAUGCAUAAGUCCCAACCAGAAGAUUUCCUGAUGAAGUUCAGUUCAGCGAGCUGAUGUGAGGUUGCUGCUAGGCUUUGCUUAGUACUGUUGCGUUGAGACCGAGCGAGACCGAUCUGGACCGGGCUGGGGAACGCUGGGGUACUAGAUUGGUCUCACGUUUGUCCUCUAAGCUUGGAGAAUAAACCACAAAAUACCAACUACUGCCUGUUGAUUGAAUAUAAACAUCAGCUUAUUGCCAUGAA